AUAAUCUAAAAAAAAACAAAAAAGUAAAAAUGUUUUCGAUACAUUAUAUAUCUUCUUGGAAAUAACAAACAUUCAAAAAACUUUUGUUUUAAAUAUAAAAUUGUCGUUAAACUAUUAUUUUAAUUAUUAAAUUUAAUGAGUUUUGCAACUACACGCCUUAAUCAAUGUUUCACUUCGAUUGCUGGUAAGAUGUGCCAUUUCAGUAAUGAAUCUGUUAAAUCAAUAUCAGUCUCUAUUAUUCGCUAUAUGUCUAAGACUUAGAGAAUUCUGCAGCAUCUGUUAGUCGAACGAUUUAUACAUUCGUAUUACCACAAAGUUGAAAACGAAAUCAAUAUAUAACAUUUUAAGAUAUGAAAAAUGUGUCUCUGCCUUGGCCCGUUUAAAUCAGGCAAAACUCUAUUAAUGAAAAGCCUUCAAGGAGACAAUAUCGACGACGCGACACAUACUGUACCCACCAAUGGAAUAAAUAUAUUUACUGUAAAAAAUGAUACCGGCGAAUUUGACAUGGUGAUUAAAGAAAUCGGAGGUAACAUGGCACCAAUAUGGAAGCAUUACUUUGAUAAGAUCCAUAAAAUAAUCUACGUAGUAGAUACCAGUAAUCUUUGCCAAAUAAGUGCAGCGGGUGUAUUAUUAUAUUCAUUCCUUGUGGAACCGAGACUGCGAAACGUAAAAGUCGCACUCAUUUUAAACAAAAUGGACGUUUCAUAUCGUCAAAUGAGAAACGAAGCUCUACUGAUGUUGCAAUAUGCGCGUUUGCAAAGGGAGGUGACGCAGAAGAUCACUGUGUUGGAAACCAGUGGAAUGACGGGCCAAGGAGUAGAGGAUUUACGGAGCUGGUUAUUCGAUCCGGAAACGCUGAGAGCCACUCUCAUUGCCAACAAAUGAGCGGUGAUUGUCGCUACAUGAUAAGAAUGAAAUACUAUCUAAAAGUGAAUCAUCCCCAUCGCAAUUUCUCUCAGUCUUAAAAAUAGAAAAAUACUACAAACUUUAAGCACUCCUUAAAAAUAAUUUAUUAUUUUCUAUAUAUAUUCAAUUUCUAAAAAUAUUACUUGCCAUAUGACUAUACUAUAUGCAAGAAAACAAACUAAUUUUGUUACACAUUUUCUACAAUCGUUAACAAUGUACAUAUUAUGUAGCAUUGCUUCUGUUUGCUGUAUAUUUUAUUCUGAUACAUAUAAAAGAAUCUAAAGAAUACAAAAAA